GGGCAACACAGCCUACACAUCCGAGGUAUAUAAAUCCUUACAUCCCUACCCUACAUACCUACCAUACAGACUUCCAAGUAACUUAAAGGAUAUAUCCCCAAACCAAACUAGAUAUCCUAAACCAACUAUUAAUAUACCCACAAAACCAACCCUCAAAACAAAACCAAAAUGUCCCCCAAACCAACAAUCCUCCUCAUCCACGGCGCCUGGCACACGCCCGCCCACUACGAACCCUACACCACAGCCCUGAGGAACGCAGGCUUCGAAGUCUACUGUCCACACCUACCCACCUGCAAUGGCACCUCCCCCCCAACAGCAACCUUCGCCGACGACGUCACCCUAAUCCGCCAAACCCUCCAUUCCCUCAUCACAGCCGGAAAACAAAUCCUGUUGAUCAUGCACUCUUACGGCGGUUGCGUCGGCACCGACGCAGCCCAAGACUUCAUAUACCCCGUCACCACCACCACCUCCCUUAAAACCCCCACCGAAGAGAACCAGAAACCCAAAGGAGCCGGGAUAAUCCACCUCCUCUACCUCAGCGCCUACAUGCUCCCGCCCGGGUCCUCAAUCCAAACCAUUAUGGACAAAGCCGGGGUCGACGAACACUUAUGGGCCCAAUACAUGGACGAUGAUGAAUUUGGGUUGACCCUUCCCCGGGAUCCUGGGUUGUGGUUUUAUGGGGGUCUGGAGAGGGAGACUGUGGAGAGGUGUGUGAAGGGGUUGGUUAGGUUUCCGGUGGGAGUGCUUAGGGAGAAGACGAGUGGGGAUGGGUGGCGACGGUGUCCUGUUACGUAUGUUAGGACGGAGAAGGAUUAUGCUGUGCCCGGGGGGUUUCAGGAUAUGAUGCUUGAGGAGGUUCGGGGGGAGGGAGUUGAGGUUAGGGUUUUGGGGUUUGAGACUUGUCAUAGUGUUUUUUUGACGAAUGUGGAGGAGAUGGUGGGGGUGGUUGUUGGGAUUGUGAGGGAUAGGGGUAGUUUAUAG